AUGUUAUUUCUACCAAUUUUGACGGCUCUCCCCGCCACGCUUGCCGUCGGUCUUCGCCCUAUCUCCACUGACCAAGUGUAUUUGGGUGAGGCUGGCAUAACCAGCAGCACCGCGAUUGGAGAUAGAGUUUCCUGGGAUCAUAAUGUCACCUUCGGCCCAGUACCAAAAGCUGAGCAGAUCUACGUCACCGAUGGAUUCGACAUUGCUCCAUUUCCCGCGACUAUAAAUCGGCGCCUGUUCUUCCUUUUGUCCGGGCACCUUCCGCCAUCCAAAACUGAACACAUAAGGAAUCUCGAGGCUGCGCUGGCGAAAGCAACCUUCAAUAUAACUGUCAACCGCCUUGAUCCGGUUGGCAAGCCCGACGAACCGAGAUCUUAUGUCAUUCCGCUGAGAGCGUUUCGCGGUAGUAUGGGUAUAGGUCAAUUGUCUAUACGGCACACGAAUGGCACAUACGUGGACUAUCUUCCUGGGCCUGGGGAGAGCGAAAUGUUGGCCGAGCUCAUCGUCGUAGGGAUGUUUGUGGAGACGGGGCUACAUACAUUUGACCUUGUUGCUCGACUGGGAGAUGAGAAUAACACAUGCCUAUUUGCCUUCUCGCACACUCAAUGGUUAGCGAACGAUGUGGAUUAG